CGCGGAUUUCGCAUCAAUUCCGACUUUGCCUCCCACCACAAAGAACAAACAACCUAUCCUUCUCAGAUAUAUAUACAGUACGUACAAUCACAAACUGUCACUUCCAAAUGACGUUUGCACCCGCGCUUGGUUCAACACUUUUCUCACGAUUUUUCCGUCCUUUCUCGACUAGUUCCCCGUUCUUUUCUUUGGCACCCGAGUCGGCCUCGCGCAACAGCAACAACAUGUCGGAGAAAGCUACAGUGGCGGCAGGCUGCUUCUGGGGCGUGGAGCACCUGUUUCGCAAAGAAUUUGGCAAUGGAAAGGGUCUCUUGGAUGCUAGGGUGGGAUACUCUGGCGGAAACACUUCAUCGCCGACGUACCGGGCUGUGUGCAGCGGGAAUACUGGUCACGCCGAAGCCCUCCAAGUAACCUUCGACCCCUCUAUCGUCAGCUACCGCCAGCUUCUGGAAUUCUUCUACCGUAUGCACGACCCCACAACACUCAACCGCCAAGGUCCGGACGUCGGCACCCAGUACCGCAGCGUGGUUUUCACGCACAGCGAGGAACAGAACAAGCUUGCGCACGAUAUCACGGACAAGGUUGGCAAGGAGUGGUACAAGCAGUCGCUUAGUACGCAGAUCAUCGAGGCGGGUGAGUGGUGGGAUGCGGAGGAUUACCACCAGUUGUAUUUGAAGAAGAACCCGUCGGGAUAUGAGUGUCCUGCUCACUUCGUGAGGACCUUCCCGCCGCUUUCUGCGUGACUCCGUGCAAGGUUAUGACGUCUUAAUGAUUUUGCUCCCGUUUUGGAGUAUAAUGAUGUUUGUUGACGGGUAUACUAGCGGAAUUAUCUGGUUUAGUGUAUAUAACCGGCUUCAAUUCCAUACUUGCUAUAUCCUCGAGCUACCAGGC